AUUGGCCAAGAAGUUAGUCUCUUGGUGGAGCAGAUCCAUCGUCUUGGCACAAGAGACAUAGAUGGGAAACUGAAAGUAAAAUUUGGUGUAUUAUUUAAUGAUGACCAAUGUUCCAAUUUAUUUGAAGCCAUGGUUGGAACUCUAAAAGCUGCCAAACGAAAGAAGAUGUCACUUCCUGACAUCAUUGCUUACUACUUGUGA